CUUUGUGAUUGGCUGACAGCUACACAUCAACAUUUUUAUUUUGGGGCCGUCCCCGGCUUGUGCACGCGGAGUUGUAUACAUUUCUGUACCAUAAACCCGCGUGCACUUUUCAGCACUAGCACGGCGUGGACAGCAGCCCCCACGGUUGUGCGCCUCUCAGUCGUUAUCUUCUCAGGGAUUCUUUAUUGUUAGGCUUAACGACGUGGAGACACUACCGCCACACCACGCCACACAUUGUUUGUUUGCUCUCUACCAGGAGGCUGUAAUUCUGUUGGAAGCGGCGGCAUUGUAGCUUUACUACAAAUGGCUACAAAUGACGGCAAACAAAGGUAAAACAAGAAUAUUCAUCCGAGCUGGUGCUGCGCUUUAGUGGCGGUGCUCUUCAGUAGUCGCGCCAGGUCUCCAUUGUGUGAGCAUCUCGGUGCUAUUUUCCACUGCUGCCCACCCCCGGAGCCCUCACCCCCCACACACCGCACAUCAGCUACAACUCUUUUGGACUUGUUUUUUGUUCGUUGGGAACCACAAGCCCACCGAAAAUGUGCUCCCGUCUUUGGUUCGUGACCGACCGGCGUAUCAGCCAGGAGUACCCCCAAGUUCAGAUCCUCCGGGCAUUGAAGGAGCGCUGCGCCGAGGAGGAUGUGGAAUUCCGCUCUCUUCUCAUGGAUCAAAUCGUGCUCACCAUCAGCGAGGGACAAUUGGGCCUGCAAGUGGACCAAGAAACAGUGACAUCAUAUCCACAAGUGGUGGUGGUGCGGGUGCCCACGCCAUGGGUGCAGUCAGACAGUGACAUCACCGUGUUGCGCCACCUGGAGAAAAUGGGAUGUCGCCUCAUCAACCGUCCUCAAGCUAUACUCAACUGUGUCAACAAGUUCUGGACCUUUCAGGAGCUUGCUGGCCAUGGCGUGCCUCUGCCUGACACUUUCUCCUACGGGGGGCAUGAUAACUUCCGAAAAAUGAUUGACGAGGCAGAGCCGCUUGGCUACCCGGUGGUAGUGAAGAAUGCACGUGGCCACAGAGGCAAAGCAGUGUUCUUGGCACGGGACAAACACCACCUGACAGACCUGUGCCACUUGAUCCGCCAUGACACCCCCUACUUGUUUCAGGAGUAUGUCAAGGAGUCACAUGGCCGUGAUGUGCGGGUGGUCCUGGUGGGUGGCCGGGUCAUCGGCUCCAUGCUACGCUGUUCCACCGAUGGACGUAUGCAGAGCAACUGCUCCCUGGGUGGUGUGGGAAUGAUGUGCCCACUGAACGAGCAAGGCAAGCAGCUGGCCACAGAGGUGUCAAAUAUCCUGGGCAUGGACGUGUGCGGCAUUGACCUCCUGCAGCUUAACGAAGGUUCCUUUGUAGUCUGCGAGGCCAACGCCAACGUGGGCUUCAUCGCCUUCGACCAGGCCUGUGGCAUGGAUGUGGCGGGUAUCGUGGCCGACUACGCCCUGUCUAUGCUCCCCAACCGCCUCACCCGCAAGAUGUCCCUUUUGUCGGUCGUCUCGAGCACCAGCGAAACCAGCAGCGAGCCUGAGGUGUGCCCUGUGCCUCCCGGCGGUGGCUCCCUGCCUGAGGCUGUCUGCAACAUGAGUGUGGGCUCCACUUCCAGUGAGAGCGACCCCGAGCUGGCAGAGCCUUCCCAGUCAUCCCCCUGCCAAGCCUCAGCUCUGAGACUCCCCGACCCGGCCUACAACUUCAACACACUUCUCGCCAAUGAGAUCAAGCUAUUGACUGAGUGAGAGGCAAGCCGCCUGCACGCACCAGCAAACACACGCCUGUAUGCAUAGCUCCAUACACACAUACCUGUACAUCCAUUCCUUCUGACAAACAUAUAACAAUGAAUGCAAAAACAAAACCAGAGACACAGCCACAGCAAAGCAAACAUUAAAACACAAUUCUUCCACAAUUCUAACUCUCUUGAAAAGAUCUGAGGCUGCUCCCCUGACUCUCCUUCCUAAACCCCCUUCAUACUUUGUCAAUUGAAGUCCACAGUUCUUUGGUGAAUUUAUGAGUACAGUGUUCCUUCGUUUAUCGCGGGGGAUAGGUUCCCAAAAUAGCCCACAAGAAAUGAAAUCCGCGAAGUAGCCAACUUAAUUUUUUUUAGAGUUAUUAUAUAUGUUUUAAGGCUGUAAAACCCCUCACUAUACACUUUAUACCCUUUUCUCCGACAGGCAUUAACAUUUUCUCACAUUUGUCUCAUGUUCAAGCCUUCGUUUGAAUUUUAAUGCUCAACCUACAAGGUUGGACACAAUCAAUUAUUAAGUGACUCACACGUAUUUCACUCCUCUGCCUCUUCAUCCUUGCGGCGAUUCGCUGAAGCAUUUUCGUAUCCUUUUUAAAACAUAUUGUUGCUGUCGUCGUAUUUAUCAGUAAUGGCGCCCUACAGCCGCGUAACGGCUACCUUCCUUCAGGAUGUCCAGAAGUCAAACUUUUUGUGCGACGGUUAGCAUCUUCCUCCGCCUUUUGGGUGCAGAACGUUUCGUCUACAUUGUGGGUUUUGUCGGGGAGAAAACGUGCAAACAUACAGAGUUCAGAGUCUCUGCAAGCUGUUAGCUAGCGAUCAGACAACACGAAACACGGCAGUUUGGCACGACGGAGAUUGACUGACAGUGGUCUACGGCCAAUCAGGACGCAGAAGACAAUGCGCGUUCACAUGCUGUAAAAAAAAAAAAAAAAAAAAAGCACUAAAAUUGCACUAAAA